GUCUGACUCCUUAGUUGCACCUGUCCUUGUCUACUCCUCUGGGUUGCUUCUCCAAACGGACCAAACCCCAACCCCCUGCUUUCUCUCUCACUCUCUCUCCAGCAUUUUUACUUUUAUUUUUAUUUGGUCCGUUCUCAAAUCUCCGUACGUCCCUGCUGCUAGAUUUUUUGGAGUAGAAGGAUACUGAAGCAUUAAGAUUUAGUGCAAUGGAGGCUGAGAAAUUGAUUGGCGAACAACAAAAUCAGAAAGAGCAUAGGACCCAAAACUGUAUUGAAAAUGAGCAAACAUCUGUUAAACGAAGGAAGAGGAAGAAGAAGGACGAGAUGCCCAUGGAAAAGAAGAAAAAGGUGAUUGCAGGAAACCCAAAAGCUCCUAAAUCGAAAUCGAAGAAAGUUGACUCAGAUACUGGAAAGAACUCACGAUGCAUUAAACGAAAGCGAACUGGGAUGAACGAAAUAUAUGAUGAUGUUGAAUCUAAGUUUACCGUUAUGGAGCGAGCAGCAAAAGUUCUGGCAAGUAUGGAGGAUGGAGCCCCUUACUUUUUAAAGUGUAUGCUCCCUUCAAAUGUCACUUACAGCUUUUGGUUGAUUAUUCCUAGGAAAUUCGGCAGCUUACAUCUGCCGAGUCAGGAUUCCACUGUUAUUUUGGUCGAUGAAUGGGGAAAAGAAUAUAAGACAACAUAUCUUAUUGAUAGGAAUGGACUAAGUGCUGGUUGGAGGGGGUUCUCCAUGUCUCACAGAUUACUGAAGGGAGACAUUCUGAUCUUCCGUUUGAUUGGACAUUGCAAGUUGAAGGUGCACAUAGUAAGAGUACAUGGUUUGGAUGUAGUAAAUGCAGCUGCUUGCCUCAUGAACUUGGAUGCUUUUGGAACAAUGGAUUCUGAUCCUGUGAAGCAGGAUUAUAGGAAGCGGAAAAGAACAAAGAAGUAUGCAGACUGUUCUGUGUUUGAUGCCCCUAGAAUACCAGACAAAGUUCAAGAAAAGGGCAAGAUGGUGCUGAAAUCUGACCUUGUGCCUGUGGAAGAUCAAUCUGAAAACACCAGUGAUGGUUUUGGGUCUGAAGUACUAGAAGGUUCUGGAAUGACUGACCACCUUUUAUCCGGUGACCACCAUCACACUGAAGCAUCAUUUUUGCAUGAGCAUCCCUGUGAAGGUGUCGUGUGUCGGUAAUCUGCAGAAGUAGUGUUGCUUACAUGGAAAAAGAUGGAACUUCUGAGUUCAGCAUGUUGCAACUUAUUUUGAACAUAUUCGCUUGGUACAAAAGUUAUUAAUCUGAGAGGAAAUAUAGAAGAAUUUAGAUACAAGUGGGAAUACCUGGUCAAAGCAAUGAUAAGCUUUUGUUUGAAUCAUAAACAACUCCACAUAUGCAUUUAUGACCGUUCAUAGUUACCUCCUGUGACAAAGAAGAAGAAACCUGGAAGAAAGCCUCAAGCAGUUGGAAAGUGCUAUAUUGAGGGAACGUGGCUUCAUUGAUGCUGAUUCUGACCCUCCAAGGAUCUGCUGACAGAGCAUGAGCUUUUGUUACAUGGACUUGUGCUCUGUGCGUUAUGUACGCAUGUAGAUGUCUAUAUUCCCUACAUUUCAUAGGUGAUGUACUAAAAGAAAUUGAUGUACUAAAAGAAAUAGUUAUGUCGACCCAUAGCUGUAAACAGGUACACCACAUCUCUUGUGAUUAAAAAAAAGUUAAUAUUUUUGAGGAUUUGAAGUACUUGAUUUGUAUAUGAUGCAGUAAAUGUACACAAUUAACACAUGUAAACCUGAUUGAAAAUUGGAGAAUUUUUGUUCUAUGAGCAAAGGUUCAACCACAUGUAUCAUACUUUUCCUCAA